AUGAGAGCUGCGAGAAGAAGAGAUUCCCUACGCUGCCUGUACAUAGGCCAAGACUGUCGCAAGAAAUGGAAAUUAAUCAAAACAAUUUUUGGAUAUUGUCUUCAAUUCAUUCCGUGGUCGCCACCGAAUUCCAGGGAGACCAUCGGCCGCCAGUAUUACGUCACGAUCACAUUCGAAACAGACCAAACAGAUCUUCUUGGUGGCUGGCGCGCGUUCAUGGAAGGAGCUACAGUAUACUAUUCAUCUGUUCACGAACAGACGCAAGAUGCAUGCUACAGUUUAAAUGUAAAUACCCACUUGGUGCCAAUCAUUUCAAUCCGCCGAACGACGCGUUUUAUGCUUGGCGAACCCUACUCGACAUGCAUCAAACAUCAACAUACCCAAAAUUUGGAAAACACGUCAUUUUAUUUCGAAAGUUAUACGAAACCCCAGUGCCUUAUUGCUUGGUUACAAAUUAUUCUUCGGCAAUCACGAGAAUGA